AUUAAUUGAAAAAUGCUCUCUCUUUCCCAGUCUUCAAGUCUGUCUCUGUGUCUCUUUCCCUAAUACAAACGCUCUCUCUUUAUCCAAAGUCAAAUCCCUUACAGGCUUAAACUUUACCUAUAGCACUUCUAUAUAUAACCCAUCAUUUUUUCCUUUUCCUCUCAACGUAUCUCUUCUUCUUCUGCUGCUGCUGCUGCUGCUGUCUCUCUUUUCUUUAACAAUGGUGCAACACCGCCGCCGCAACCGCCACCGUCAAGACCAAGAGACAGUUGAAGGGAGCAAGGAAAAGAGACCCAAGUUCUUCAUCAACGAUCACGUAGACAUCCUCGUAGAAAUCCUCAAAUGCCUCGACGGCCGUUCUCUUGGUGUCGCGGCCUGCGUUUGCCGUCUCUGGUGCACCAUUGCUCGCAACGACUUCCUCUGGGAACACCUCUGCUUCCGCCACGUGUCUCCACCUUCCAGUGUGCGUUCCGUCGUUGUUGCCCUGGGUGGUUACAAACGCCUCUACACGGCUUGUGUGAGACCCGUGCGGGGCCGACUCGGGCGAGUCAGGAGGGCUUCUUGGACUUGCCACGAGAUCCAGCUCUCGUUGUCUUUGUUUUGCGUUGAUUGCUACGAAAGGCUUGGUGUCGUUGGUGGAAGUAAUAGUAGUGACGAGAAAUUCGUCGGUAAAUCGUCACCAUCGUCUCUAAUGUUCCUUUGCAAGCCCGUGAACGUUUGA